AAACAACUCCUUGUUUCGCCCACCAAACAUCAAACAAAAAAAGAAAACUAGCAAAAAUUAAUUAAUUUUUUUAUAAAAAUUUAUUAAAAAAUACAAAUUUCUUGCCCAUAAAAAAAUGUCUGAUUUACCACAAUCAAAAUUAUCUCCAGAAUCACCAACAGCAAUUCCAGCUGUCGAAAAACCACAAGAAAAACCGGGUUCUUCGAAGAAAAAAUCCCGCAAUUCUUCCGAAGGCAAACCUUUAACACAGUACAAUCGUAAAAUGAUAAUGAAUCACUUAAAAGACAAUGGAUGUGAUCCCAAAAGUUGUGCCAAUGCAACUAAAAAUACAAAAAUUUCUCCUGAAGAUGCUGCAAAGUUUGUAAAUGAAAAGCAAAAAGCUGCACAAGAUCAUGUCCAUGAAGAAUGCAACUCUGUUUGCUACAAAAACAUCAACAGCUGGCUGGAGUAUUACAAAUCCAAGAAUUUCAAUCACGAGGCUAAAUAUGAGAGUGCUCUGAUUAUGAUUGCUAUAGCCGACAUGGAACACCAUCCAAAUCCAAAAGACAAUGGAGGAGUUGAUUUUCAAAAAAUAUACAGAUUCCUUGGCGAUGUCAUGCUCGGGAAUCCAACUCCGGAACUGAACACAGAAUCGAAGGAAUACCUUGGUCAGGAAUUCGAAAGUCUCAUAAACAUGGCCAAUACCACACAAGGAGAUACCGACACAAAGAAGCUCCAUGAGAGUAUUGAAAAGAAAACAAGUCAAAUAUUUCCACAACCAACUCUCGCUGAGAAGAAAAAACGUAGAGAAUUUGGUAGUUUGGAUCCAAUGUGUUUAGAUCCUUUUAUUAGUUCCACCGAAAGGGAAAAAAAUUAGAAUUAAUCAAAAAAAAGUAUUGCAAAUAUAAUAAAAAACUCUCAUUUUUUUUACUUUAAGUUAAUGCACAGCACAUACACAACCAUACAUACAUUACCUUAAUACAAUUAUUAUUAUAAUAUUAAAAUUUUAAUGAAAGAUAA